GAAUUAUAUUAUUAAAGAUGGACCUUACAAAAACAUUUGUAUUUGUGGCUAUCCUUGUGGGGCUGAGUCUAGCUGCUCCAAAUUUAAACCAAGGGCUCUGGAUAAAUCCUGAGGCAGAACUUGAUGUCUCUCCCAGGAAGAUUGUUGAGGGAGUUGAAGUCCCUGCUAACUUCACUUGGCAGGACAAAGAUGGAAUCAAUUACCUAACCUUGGUUAAGAACCAACACAUUCCUCAAUACUGUGGAUCGUGCUGGGCUUUUGCAGCAACAUCUGUAUUGUCAGAUAGAAUCAAGAUUCAGAGAAAUGCAAUGGGGCCAGAUCUCCAUAUGUCUCCACAAGUUCUGCUCUCCUGUGCUAAGGAAAACAGAGGAUGUAGUGGCGGAUGGCACUUGCUUGCCUACAAAUACAUCAAGGAUAACGGAAUCACUGACGAAACCUGCUCUGCAUACCUUGCUAGAGGACACAAAAAUGGAGCUGACUGUGAAGCCCAAUACUUAUGCAAGAACUGUGAUAAGUACGGAAACUGCUGGCCAAUGGAAGAGUAUCCAAAAUACUAUGUUGAAGAUUAUGGAUUCGUCUCUGGGGAGAAAGACAUGAUGGAAGAGAUCUACAACUGGGGGCCUAUCUCAUGCACCAUUGCUGUGACUGAAGAAGUCCAUGCCUACACAGGUGGCGUCUUCAGAGAUACAACCGGCCGCAAGGAAAGAGACCAUGUAGUUGAAAUUACAGGUUUCGGUGAGGAAAACGGAGUCAAAUACUGGGAAAUCAGAAACUCUUGGGGAACCUACUGGGGAGAUGAAGGAUUCAUGAAGCUUGUCAGAGGUAUUGACAAUCUUGGGAUCGAAACUAACUGCUCUUGGGCUAACGUUAAAAAUAGCUGGGAUGCAGGAAAAGAGAUUAUUCAUAGAAUAUCAGACCAGGAUAGAACUCAGCUACAGAAAGACAAAUUAUAUCAAUCUGUGAAGUACCAACUCACAAGAAAGGAUCGUGAAGCUGAAAUGUAUGAGACUAAAUGUAGGCUUGAUUCAAGAGAGUAUACUGGCGGAGAGAAAAUUCUCACUCCAAGACCACAUGAAUAUUUGAACCUAGAAGAUCUUCCAGAAAAUUUAGAUUGGAGAAAUGUCAGUGGAGUUAGUUAUGCUUCUACCUGGGUUACAAAUCAACAUGUCCCUCAGUAUUGUGGGUCAUGCUUCUUGCAAGCAACAACUGCUAGUUUGGCUGAUAGAUUCAAUAUCUUACUGAAAAGGACAAACAUCAACUUUGCCUUCAGUGUUCAAUCUUUGAUGAACUGUGCUUUUGGAGGCAAAUGUGCUACCGGAGGACACCCAAUCGAGGUCUACCAAUAUGCCGAUACUGAUGGAAUUCUUCACAACUCAUGCAUGAACUAUGAAUCUAAAGAUAUUGAAGAAGAUGGACUCUGUGACCCCAUAAAUGUCUGUAGAGACUGCCAGGGUCCUCCUCCACCUGAUGGUGAGCAAUCCCUCGAAAAUUGUUGGGCUGUGGAUAAUCCAAGGAAAUAUUAUGCAUCUGAGUACGGUCAAGUCCAGGGUGUCGAUAAAAUGAAGGCUGAGAUUUUCGCAAGAGGCCCAAUUUCUUGUGGAAUCAAGACCACUCCUAACUUGUACAAUUACACUGGAGGUGUUUACUCUGAAGUAAGAGAAAUUACCGAUCUCACUCAUGAAAUCUCUGUCCUCGGCUGGGGCAAGACAACAGAAGGCGAGGAAUACUGGAUUGCAAGAAACUCUUGGGGCACAUACUGGGGAGAAGGCGGCUUCUUCAAGAUCAGCAUGUAUGAAAACAACCUAGGUAUCACUAGAGACUGCUGCUUCGGAGUUCCCGAUGUUGAAAGAUCAGGAUUCAAGACUGUUACUACUGAAGAAAGUUAA